UCAGCAGCACUUGAGUCCUUUCCUUUCCUCCUGUGGCGCCAGAAAGGAAGCCAAGGAGGGAGAGAGAGCCAUGGGGGUUCCACUGCCCGGCGAGAAGGGUCCCUGCGGCUCCCUCUGGAAGAGGGUGAGCCGGGGCUGGAGGGCGGACGAGGGCCAAAGAGAAGCCGGACCCAGGAGCCUGGACGAGGCGCAUCUCUCCCAGCAGAAAAGGAUCUGGGAGUCUCCACUUCUUCUGGCUGCCAAAGAGAAUGAUGUCCAGGCCAUCAGAAAACUGACCACAGAUGGUUCUUGUGAUAUUUUCCAAAGAGGAGCUGUUGGGGAGACAGCCCUCCACAUAGCAGCCCUCUAUGAUAACGUAGAGGCUGCUGAAGUUCUUUUGGAGGUGGCUCCAGAACUCAUCAAUGAUAGGAUGGCAUCCGAACUCUAUGAAGGACAAACAGCUAUCCACAUUGCAGUAGCCAAUCAAAACAUAAACCUGGUGAAAUGCCUGCUCAAGAGGGGGGCUCAUCUCUCCACUCCCAGAGCUACAGGACUCUUCUUCAGGCGUAACACCCAAAGCCUCUUCUACUUCGGGGAACAUGUUUUAUCCUUUGCAGCCUGCACAGGAAAUGAGGAAAUUGUCCGUCUGUUGAUUGAAAAUGGAGCUGAUAUCAGGGCACAAGAUUCUCUAGGUAACACUAUACUUCACAUCCUGGUCCUUCAACCCAACAGGAAAUUUGCAUGCCAGAUGUAUAACCUGCUGCUCUCCUAUGACAAACAUGAGGGGGGCCUUGUGCCUCUGGACUUGAUUCCAAACAGUGAGGGUCUCACUCCAUUCAAACUGGCUGGCGUUGAAGGCAACACUGUGAUGUUCCAGCACCUCAUGCAGAAGCGAAGGCACAGGCUGUGGUCCUUUGGGCCUAUUACCACUAUUUUCUAUGACCUCACAGAAAUUGAUUCCUGGGGUGAAGACCAACCUUUUCUAGAGCUUAUUGUCUCAACCAAGAAAAGAGAGGCCCGUCAUAUUCUAGACAUAACCCCAGUGAAGGAGCUUGUGAGCCUAAAGUGGAACACAUAUGGACGUCCUUAUUUCUGUUUCCUGGCAUUGUUCUAUGUCCUCUACAUGAUUUGCUUCACCAUGUGCUGCGUUUAUAGACCUCUCAAGAACCGUCCAGACAACCAAACAGAUGAGCGGGACAUCACCAUUCUUAUCCAGAAAACACUACAGGAAUCAUAUGUGACAUAUGAGGAUCAACUUAGACUUGUCGGGGAGCUGAUCACAGUGAUAGGAGCCAUGGUAAUUUUGCUCCUAGAGAUUCCAGAUAUUCUCAGAGUUGGAGCUGCUAAAUUCUUUGGACAAACCAUCCUGGGAGGACCUUUUCACAUCAUCAUCAUUGCAUAUUCUUGUAUGAUUCUCGUGACCAUGGUAAUGCGUCUCACAAGCACCGAUGGAGAGGUGGUACCAAUGUCCUGUGCCCUGGUACUAGGAUGGUGCAAUGUUAUGUAUUUUGCACGAGGAUUUCAGAUGCUUGGGCCAUUCACCAUCAUGAUACAGAAAAUGAUAUUUGGAGAUCUUAUACGCUUCUGUGGGCUAAUGGCUGUUGUGAUACUUGGUUUUGCAUCAGCCUUUUACAUCAUCUUCCAGACACAAGACCCCACCAGCCUGGGACAGUUCUACAACUACCCCAUGUCUCUCUUCACCACCUUUGAGCUGUUCCUUACGAUUAUUGAUGGACCUGCUAACUAUGAUGUGGACCUGCCAUUCAUGUACAGUGCGGUGUAUUUUGCUUUUGCCAUCAUUGCUGCAUUACUGAUGCUCAACCUGCUUAUUGCCAUGAUGGGGGACACUCACUGGCGUGUGGCUAGUGAAAGGGAUGAGCUUUGGAGAGCUCAGGUUGUUGCCACUACGGUCAUGCUUGAACGAAAGCUCCCACGGUGCCUCUGGCCUCGCUCUGGGAUCUGUGGACGAGAAUAUGGCCUAGGGGAUAAGUGGUUUCUCAGGGUAGAAGAACGUCUUGACUCCAACAAGCAUAAGAUGUUUCGCUAUGCAGAAGCAUUUAAGAACCAGGACAAGGAGGAACUUGAUAGGUUUUCUGGGAAAUUAGAGCUGGGUGAGCAUUCCCGAGGCAAGAAAGAGUCAGCUCCUUCAGUCUCACGGAGCACAUCACAGAACAGUUCCCACCGGGGCUGGCAAAUCCUUCGGCACAACACUUUCAGCCACUUCCGUGGAGAAGCGAAUCAUGCCUUGGAAGAAGAGGUCUACCACGUCUGAGGUUCCUCUUGACUGACUUUAUUGCACAUGCAGUUGAUGCCUUGUGCUGCAUCAGUUAUUCCUCUAGGAGCUGAUAGGAUCUCCUUGCAGAAUUACCCAGCUCCAGGGUAGAUGCUCUAACCCUAGGUUCAUCUCACCCUUGUCUGGAAGCUCUUCUCAGAUAAACUGUCCUUGCACUUCCAGACAAUAGAGGUGAAACAUGCAGGGUUGUUUUUGUUUUUGUUUGGACGUGCUUCUUUCUGGAGUAAUUAUUCUAAGGAGAGCACUGGAGUUUAACAACAUCAAAGGGAUUUUCGUGGGAGUUAAGUUACAGCCUGUCCACCAAUAAUUCUCUAUCUCUCAACAUGUUCUCAGUCAACAUUCCACUAAAUCUCCUUGCUCUCUGAAGAGCCGACUCUAUGGAAAAUUUAGAUCUAAUACAAAGAAAAACUAACAUGUUCUUUACUCUCAGGGAACUAGCUAAAAGCUAA